AUGUACCCUCAACACUCCGGGCAAAGUCAACAUGGUCGGAUGAACGGUGCCGGCCGAGGCUUACCGGGCAUGAUGUACAACUACCAACAUCCCUCACAUCAACACCCAUCUCAGACACAACACCACCAAGGACUUCAACACGACCAUGGGAUGCCCAACGGCAUGGGCCACCACUCGACAUUCACUCCUGCCGGCCUUUCGAACUCGAGUCCCUUCGCUCCGAAUGCGCUUCAGAAUGGCCACUCAGCUGGCCGCGGCCAGGCGCCCCCAAACGAGAUGUGGCAGGAGCAAUUGAGGAUGGCCAAGGAGUCUGAACGAGCGCACGCCGCCAUGACCGAUCAACAACAACCGCACUACUAUGCUAGGCUCAAGGCGUCGGAAAAUAGAGGCAUUGGCGGCCCACCACCGAGUAGUUUACGUGCUCAGCCGGACGACGAGAACGAUGGUGUCGAUAGAAGACGACCCCUAACUGUGGAGAAGGAAACGAGACGGCAAGACUGGCACAACAUGGAUAUGAGUGGACAAGGCUUGCGAAACCUAGCACCGGAACUAUUCAAGUAUAGCUUCUUGAACGAGCUCUUCAUCGCCUCGAACAAGCUCAAAAUACUACCCAACGCAAUUGGAGAACUACGAGCACUACGCCACCUCGACGCCUCUUUUAACCAGAUCGAAGAAAUCCCCCCGGAGAUCGGAAUGUGCACCUACCUCAAGAACUUGCACCUUUUCAACAACAAUAUUCGAACUUUGCCCAAUGAACUGGGAUCGCUUCACCUUCUUGAAAUGCUUGGGAUUGAAGGUAACCCUCUGGACCCAGAGAUCAAACACGAAAUCAUGGAGAAGGGGACAAAGAGUCUGAUCACUUACCUAAAAGAAAAUGCUCCUUGCCCUCCUCCUCCCUCUCCUCGGAAACUCGUUGUCAUUCAAGAUGACGUAUCCCCCAAUCUGGAAAGGAUCAAAGUCUUUUCAUGGAACAUUCUCUGCGACAAAUACGCGACACCCCAGACCUACGGAUAUACACCAACAAACGCUCUCAACUGGGACUAUCGCAGAAGCUGCAUCCUGGAAGAACUCGAAAUCAGGGACGCAGACUUCCUUGCCCUUCAAGAGGUGUCUACGGAUGCGUUCAAGGAAGACCUUAGCCCCGACCUGGCACAACUGGAUUACAAGGGUGUUCACUGGCCCAAAUCGCGAGCCAAGACCAUGUCUGAGAAGGAUGCCCAAUCUGUGGACGGUUGCGCCGUUUUUUACAAGCAGAGCAAGUUUAUUCUUCUCGACAAGCAGCUAAUCGAGUUCGCCACUAUUGCCAUUAACCGACCAGACAUGAAGAACCAACACGAUGUCUUCAAUCGUGUCAUGCCCAAGGACAACAUUGCCGUUAUAUGUUUCUUUGAGUCUCGCCUUACUGGAGCUCGAAUUAUCCUGGUCAACGCCCAUCUUACAUGGGAUUCUGCUCUAGCUGAUGUCAAGGUUAUCCAGACCGGUAUUCUGAUGGAGCAUGUUACCAAACUUGCGGAGAAAUACGCUAGGUGGCCCGCAGUUAAGGACAAAAAGAUGAUUGUACUACCCAUGGGCGAGGAUGAGGUUCCCGUGCCUCAGGCUGAGCCAGGCCCCAGCCAAGAAUACCGCACAAAUACUGAGAUCCCUCUACUUGUCUGUGGUGAUUUCAACUCAACAGAAGACUCGUCCGUGUACGAGCUGAUGUCUAUGGGACGUGUGCCUCCGGACCAUCUCGACUUGAGCAGCUUCCAGUACGGUAGCUUCACACGUGACGGUAUUGAACACCCCUUCAGCCUGAGGGAUGCCUACGCCCACCUCAAACAAACUGCCGACGAUAUGCCAUUCACAAACUACACACCCGGGUUCGCAGAUGUGAUUGACUACAUCUGGUACUCGACCAACACGCUGGAAGUAGUAGAUCUGCUGGGACCCCCUGAUCCUGAAUAUCUCAAGCGGGUUCCCGCUUUCCCCAACUGGCAUUUCCCCGCCGAUCAUAUUCAGAUUAUGUCUGAGUUUGUGAUCAAGGGGCGUAAAGAAAAAAAGCACCUUCCCGAACGCGAACCCGACUUUGGUCCUGGAUCACGCAGCUAG